GACAUUAUAGCGGCGGCCAUCGAAUUCAGACGUAAACAUCCAACCAUUGAGAAACGACAAAUGCUGGUUGACGUCAUGAUUGAAAACAAUAUUCCUGAUGACGUCAUGCAGGGUGACGCUAUGACGUAUAUUAUUGGUGGAUUCCAUACUAUAGGGAAUUGGUUGGUUUUUGCUCUCCACUUCGUCUCUAUGUACCCUGAGGUUCAGGAUAGAAUGUACCAAGAAGUGAAAAAAGUGUUAUUUGACACAGGCAAAGUAAUUCCAUCUAACGUUGCUCAGCUAGUCUACACCCGCCAGGUAAUGGAAGAAACGCUGCGCAUGGGACUGAUUGCACCAUACGCAUCCCGUUACGACGAUGAAAAUGACGUCACACUGGGAGGUUACGUCAUACCGCAUGGGACACCCAUUAUCCAGGCUUUGGGCGUUGGAUACAGUGACCCAUCAAUCUGGCCAAACCCCGAUAAGUUUGACCCAGAUCGCUUCAGCCCAGAGAAAGUGGCUGAACGUCACCCCUAUUCCUUUCAACCGUUUGGUUUUGCCGGCAAUCGGAAGUGCCCUGGAUACCGUUUCGCUUACGCUCAGGUGGCCACGGUGCUUGCCAACAUUUUGCUGAAAUUCCAGGUUCAUCAUGUUGAUUGUUUUGGGGUGAAGGCCAUGUAUGGUAUAAUAACUACCCCCGAAGACGAAGUCUGGCUAACGCUUACUUCGAGAUUUGAUGAGAAUAAAGAAGAGUAGAUUAUUUUUACUGUGAAUUGGACAUCAAAACUUUAUUUAGACACGCACCGGCUUAAACUGAAAAUAAUCUAACUGGGAUCAUCAGCAGACACCAUUUUUAAAGGGAUAAUAACUCUUCGUAUGAGAUCUAUAUUUCACAAUA